GCGGCGCUGCCGCGAUCGCCCCGCUCGGCUCCCCCAUGGCCGCGGGCUGCAGGGACGGCCCGGGGCAGGAGAAGUACCGGCUGGUGGUGGUGGGCGGCGGCGGCGUGGGCAAGUCGGCGCUCACCAUCCAGUUCAUCCAGUCCUACUUUGUUACGGAUUAUGACCCGACCAUUGAGGACUCCUACACCAAGCAAUGCGUGAUCGACGACAGAGCCGCGCGCUUGGACAUUCUGGAUACAGCAGGACAAGAAGAAUUCGGAGCCAUGCGUGAGCAGUACAUGAGGACAGGCGAAGGUUUUCUGCUUGUUUUCUCAGUCACAGAUAGAGGAAGCUUUGAAGAAAUCUACAAGUUUCAGCGACAGAUUCUUAGAGUGAAAGAUCGCGAUGAGUUUCCAAUGAUUCUCGUUGGUAAUAAAGCAGAUCUGGACCACCAAAGACAGGUGACACUCGAGGAAGGCCAGCAGCUGGCACGGCAACUUAAAGUAAUGUACAUGGAAGCCUCAGCAAAAAUCAGAUUGAAUGUAGACCAAGCUUUUCAUGAACUUGUCAGAGUUAUAAGGAAAUUUCAGGAACAAGAGUGCCCUCCUUCACCAGAGCCAACACGGAAAGAAAAAGACAAGAAAGGCUGCCAUUGUGUUAUUUUCUGAGAAUCCCAAGAACCAAGCUAUCAACUGCCAGAUCAUAUUUUUUCUUUCCAUCAUUUUACAUCACUUCUGGUAUUGGUCUAGCCUUAUAUGUGCAUGUCCUAAAAGUGGUCACCAGAAUAGCCUUAGUCCAAGAAGCUGGCAGAAUAGUUCUUGAAGAAGACUCGGUCAUCCUGGGGCAGACUUCAAACCAAAACACUAAGGCUGCUUCUCUAAUACCACAGUUCCUUCCUUCUGUCCCUUCAGAGCUUGCACCUUGUGGAGUUUUAUUCGCAAAGGAGAUGAAACAAAACCGUGUAGGACGAGGUGUUGAAGUCAUGCAUAAGUUGUCUCUUGUGAAUUAAUUUAUUUUUACUUCUGACAUUUCAUUAGCUAUUACAGAGACCUAUAUUGGGGUAUAGAGAAUACUUUUUAAAAAAGGGGUGGAUUGGCUUUUUUUUGUUUGUUUGUUUCUGCCCUCAGUUAAAUUAGACUUGAGUAUUCAGCUAGCCUUAAGAAACCUACACUGAAUUUCAUUGUCAGCAAAAAUUUUCAUCUCUCAUUUAUGCUGCAGUUUUAUUUCGGUGGCCAAAACAUUCUACUGUAUUUAUUUUUUGAAUCCAGAACAGCUACAGGAUGAUUACUACUACUAUUAGGAUAUGGCCAAAUACCUGAGCUCAUUCUGGAUUGAGGCAUUUCAGCUUAUUAAGAAAUUUCACAUUAUGUUUGAAAACAAAUUGUGUCUUCCUUUGUAUUUCUGGGUAAGGGAUUAAGGAAAACUAAAAUUGUAGCUGUUUUUGUUUCAUGUGAUAUAAAAAUGAAUUUGAUCUUUCCAUUGUCAGAGAUGAUUAAAUGUUUUUGCUAUAUACUUUUAUACAUUAUUUUCUUAUCAAACUAGUUAACAAGUAUUUUUAUAUGUUUGUAAGCAAAUAUGCUUUCACAGCAUAACUUGUGUAUAUGUAAAGAUGAGUAUUUAAUUCUCACAGUUCACUUUUAACUGACAAAAUGUGGGAUUUGCCAAACUGUGGUGAAUUUCUCCUUACUCUCCCGGUUGUACCCAAGAAUGGCCAAUUAUGUGCCUGCCCAGCACACCUAUAGAGUAAAAUCUAGUGUUGUGUUUUAAUGAAUUUCAGUAUCCCUUACUAAAGACUGACCAUUAUGUGAAUUAUUAAACUGUAAGACUUCUAACUGAUUGUUUAGUUAAACUGUGGAUGGUUGUUUAAUUUUGAGUUCUGUGGAUUGUGUUUAAACAAUUCAAGAGUAUGGUCCCUGAUAUUGAAAUACUGAGUGGUAUUGCACAGUUGUCACCUUAACUGAAUGUGUCCAACAGUUCUUUGAAACUUGAUUAAGCAAACCCUUGUAUAACUUCAGGUGCUAGAAUUAAAGAUGAUCUAACCAUUUUUGGGGGGUAAACACACUGCCUCUUUCUGAAUCUCUUCCAAAAGCUGCAUUUUUGGGGGGAUGGGGGGAAAAGGGAGUCAUGGAACCUGGCUGGGGAAGAGCAAUACAUACCUGCAACAGCAUUUGCCUCAAGCUUGGAAGGAAAGAAGCUUUACUUUUAAGAAACAUUUCAUGAUAGAUGACAAAAGCUGAUGUUUGCUUUGGCUUGAAAUGUGUAGUCAGUGGUCCAGUAAACAAUCCUUGUGUUUUCAGGCUGUGCUCACUGUCAGGUGCUCUGCCAUAAAUCUGGAAGUGUCUCCUGAGAAAACAGGGCUGAAACAAGUUCCAGGUACCUUUACAGCAGCAAGGCAUUAAACCUUGGAUUCAAACUCCUGCCAGGCAUUGCAGAGGAAUUUAAGUUUUUUUUUAAUGUAAUUUAGAUUAGCUUGUGUAAUGCAGUUUUGAGAGAGUGGGGAGCUUCCUCUCCCUGCUGGAUUUAUUGGUUGAUGAAAGUCUACUUAGGAGGAGUGUGUGGAAGAUUCAAACAAGGAGUUACAGUGGAAACACAUUUGGGAGAUGCAUUGCAUUUUUCAAGUCAAAUGUAAGAAAUUACAGCCUGUGCAAACACCACGUGUUUUCUUAACUAUGUAAAGCUCUCUGGAGGUAAAUCACUGAAUAUGUGGCUUUAGAAUGAGUUAAGACAACAGAUUACAGCAUGUGUGCUGAGACUGAACUUGUUCAGUGAGCAUAUCUUUAGAUUUUAUAACUUUUUUUCUUUAUUUUUAAACCUUUCACUCAUGGUAAAAUGGCUUUAAAAAGUGGAGUUAGAAAAAGAAGUUUUUUUAACAUGCAGCUCCUCAUAGCUGAUAGAGAAGGUGGUAGAGCUCCACCUGGAGAGAUGGAUAACUUUGAGGAGGUUGAUGCUAAAGAACCGACACCUGCUAAGCCACACUGUAAACAUGGUGAACCUUACAAACAAAAUAAACAACCCUGGCACCACCA